AGGGGUGACAUCUUUCUCCCACUAUCAAUAGAGAGAGAGGAGAGAGAUUGGCAGCGAUGGAGAAAAGCAAAGUGUUGAUAGUAGGGGGAACGGGGUAUUUGGGAAGGAGGUUGGUGAAGGCAAGUUUAGCAGAGGGACACAAAACAUAUGUCCUCCAUCGACCUGAGAUUGGCGUGGACAUUGACAAAGCUCAAUUGUUGUUGUCUUUUAAGGAUCAAGGUGCUAACCUCGUACAUGGUUCAUUCAAUGAUCAUCACAGCCUCCUCAAUGCUGUCAAAAUGGUGGAUGUUGUCAUUUGUGCCAUUUCUGGUGUCCACAUUCGCAGCCACCAGAUACUGCUUCAACUCAAACUUGUCGAUGCAAUCAAGGAGGCUGGAAAUGUUAAGAGAUUUUUGCCAUCUGAGUUCGGAACUGAUCCAGCAACAAUGAAGAAUGCAAUGGAACCAGGAAGGGUUACAUUUGAUGACAAAAUGGUAGUAAGAAAAGCGAUCCAAGAUGCCGGAAUACCUUACACCUAUGUCUCUGCAAACUGCUUUGCUGCCUACUUUCUCGGCGGCCUUUGCCAGCCAGGAAAAAUUUUCCCUUCAAGGGAUCAUGUGGUCUUGUUGGGAGAUGGCAACCCAAAAGCAAUAUAUGUUGAUGAAGAUGAUAUUGCAAAGUACACUAUAAGAACGAUAGACGAUCCACGGACUCUAAAUAAGACACUGUACUUGAGACCACCUGAAAACAUCCUGUCUCAAAGAGAAGUUGUUCAAAUAUGGGAGAAGCUAAUUGGGAAAGAGCUUCAAAAGUCAUCUCUGUCCAAGGAUGAUUUUUUAGCUCUCAUGAAAGGACAAGAUUAUGCAGAGCAAGUUGGGUUAACACAUUACUACCAUAUUUGCUAUGAAGGAUGUCUCACAAGCUUUGAAAUUGGAGCUGAGGGAGAGGAGGCCUCUAAGCUUUAUCCCCAAAUCAAAUAUACAAAAGUGGAUGAAUACCUCAAACGAUAUCUCUAAAAUGAAGAGAAUUUUAAUCUAAUGUGCAAUUUAAUUAAGUUUUAAUAACUACAAACUCGUAUUUGGCUUGUAUGGAAUUGCUCUUACUAAAUAUUGAAGUUUUCUUUUGAUUUA